UUUUGGUGUGGAAGCAGAGAUGGAAUUUCUGGGACAGGUGUUGUCAGUGCCUAGAUGCUGGGCUCUGCUGAAGUUGGUUGGAUUCUUCAGAGCCGUUGAGAAAUUUAAAAACACAGCCCCAAACCAGCGUGAAUUCGGGGUAUUUGAGAAUUUGGGGUGUUUCUGGCUGUGCAGCUCUGGGAGCGUGUUUGCUGUAGCCAUUCCCAGCAGGUCAGAGGCGCUGGAAGGGUCAGAUUAGACAGAAAAAAAUCCAAACAAACCUGGAAAAGUUUAACCGGCGGCUUCCGGCUGGCGAUUUUUCCAGCUUAAAAAACCCUUAAUUUGACCGGGAAAAAAAAAUCCAUCGCCCGGGGGACUCCCGGGACUGAGACCCGCGAGGGGGGUGUGUCCAGGAGGCGCGGGGGGCGAUGCUCGGAGGUGACCCCUGGGGGGACAGGGGUGGUCCAGGGGGGUCCCCCAUCCCUCCUCCCGGCGGGGCCGCCCCCGGUGGGGACGGGCGGGCACAGGGGCGGCCCCCGCUCCCUCCGCACCGCUCCGCGCCCCUCCGCGGCACCGGGCUCCCGCAAGAUGGCCGCCGAUGUGCGAUCGAUGUGUCGAUACCGGACACGGUUCGGUGCCCGCCGGCUCCAGGUCGGUGGCGGCGGCGGCGGCGGGCGCGGAGCUGGCGGCGGGAGGGAGGGAUGGAGGGAAGGAGGGAGGGAUGGGGGCGGCCGCCCGGAUCACUCCCCCCCGCUUCUCCCCGUCCCUCCCUCUCCCCCCGCGCCCGGCCCCCUCCCUCCGCCCGCCCUUCCCCAUCGAUAGGUAUCAGAAAUUGAUCCCCGCCGCCGCCGCCGCCGCUCUUUGUUCGGCGCCGCCCGCCCGGGAGCCUGGAGCGGAGCAUGGAGCGGCAGCGCUAGCGGCGAUGGAGCCGCGAUGGAGCCCCGGCCCCCGCCCCGCCGCCCCCGAGGUGCCUGCACUUAGUAAGAGAAGCAAGGAGGCUGAGAAGGUUUUCCUGAGCGUUCACAAGCGGCUGCUCCAAGCUCCAGACCCCGCUCCUGUGCUGGAGGCUGCCCGGAGCCUGGAGGAUCGGCUGCAGCAGCUCCAGCGCCUGGAGCCCGAGCCGCCGCCGCCGCUGAAGGAGCUCAGCCGGCCCUGGAAGAGGCACCCGGAGCUCGCCAGCACCAAAGAGCGCAGGGAGGGGAGAUCGCCGGCAGCAGAGCCCCCGCUCCCCGGCACCGACGGCAAAGCGCCGGGCACAGAGAGCUCGCUGCUCAGAAAUGAGGCAGACAAGCAGAAGGGCCUGCAGGAAGCUCAGGUCACCUUGGCCGCUCGGCUGGGGGAGGCAGAGGAGAAGAUCAAAGUGCUCCACGCAGCGCUGAAGGCCACCCAGACGGAGCUGCUGGAGCUGCGCUGCAAGUACGACGAGGAAGCAGCGUCCAAGGCAGAUGAAGUCGCCAUGAUCAUGACCAACCUUGAGAAAGCCAACCAGCGGGCGGAGGCGGCGCAGAGGGAAGUGGAGAGUUUGCGGGAGCAGCUGGCGGCUGUCAACAGCUCCCUGCGCCUGGCCUGCUGCUCCCCGACGGGCAGCACGGGGGACAAAGUGAACUAUUCCAUGUGCUCAGGGUCGAGGCUGGAGGCAGCUCUGGCUGCCAAGGACCGGGAGAUCCUGCGGCUCCUGAAGGACGUCCAGCACCUCCAGAGCUCCCUGCAGGAGCUGGAGGAAUCCUCUGCCAACCAGAUCGCCGAGCUGGAGGGGCAGCUGGCCGCCAAGAACGAGGCCAUCGAGAAGCUGGAGGAGAAGCUGCAGGCACAGGCAGACUACGAGGAGAUCAAAACAGAGCUGAGCAUCCUGAAGGCGAUGAAGGUGGCCUCUGCUGGCUGCAGCCUCCCCCAGAGCAUCUCCAAGGCGGAGGAAGCCCUGCUGCUGGGGAAGGAGGCUUUCUACCCCUCCCAGAAGUACCUGCUGGAGAAGCCCAGCCUGCUGGCCAGCACUGAGGAGGAUCACUCCGAAGACGAGUCGGGGAAGGAUUCACUGAGCAUGGAGCAGCCGUACCCAUCCCCUCACCACGCCCCUGCUGACGACCCCGCCUCCCCCACUCCCCUCCCAGCACUGCCUGGCCCCGGCCUGGCCCCCGAUGGUCCCCGGACAUUCUCUCUGUCCCCUUUCCCGGGGGGCGAGCGGCUUUCAGGGGACCCCAAGCCCCCCCACCUCCCCCUGCCCAGCUACAAGAGCGAGAGCAGCAGCGGGGGCCCUCCCUUCCCCUCCUCCUUCUUCGGGGCCAAAAGCAGCAGCGUGCAGCCCGUCCCCGUGCCAGCCCCCAGUGCCACCAGCCCGCCCGGCGAGCCCUGCGAGGGCAGCGCCGGCAGCGCCGCCGAGGAGGAGCAGCUGGACACGGCCGAAAUCGCCUUCCAGGUGAAGGAGCAGCUGCUGAAGCACAACAUCGGGCAGAGGGUGUUCGGGCACUACGUGCUGGGGCUGUCGCAGGGCUCUGUCAGCGAGAUCCUGGCGCGGCCCAAGCCCUGGCACAAGCUGACGGUGAAGGGCAAGGAGCCGUUCAUCAAGAUGAAGCAGUUCCUCUCCGACGAGCAGAACGUGCUGGCCCUGAGGACUAUCCAGGUGCGCCAGAGAGGUAGCAUCACGCCACGGAUCAGGACACCCGAGACCGGCUCCGACGACGCCAUCAAAAGCAUCCUGGAGCAGGCAAAAAAGGAGAUUGAGUCUCAGAAGGGAGGGGAGCCCAAAACGCCGUCGGCAUCGCAGGCAGUGUCCAACGGGGCGGGCGGCAGCUCGGAGGAUGCCAUCAAGAGCAUCCUGGAGCAGGCGCGGCGGGAGAUGCAGGCGCAGCAGCAGGCGCUGCUGGACAUGGAGUCGGGGGCCGGCGGGCGCGGGGGGGACGCGGCACCUGCCGAGCGCUCCACGCUGGCCACCGUCAGCCAGAACAUCGCCCCUGCCUACGUCAAGCAGGAGGAGGGCAGCGGGGCCAGCCCCGGCCCGCCGCAGCCGCCGCUGGCCGUGCUGUCCCCCGCCGCCUUCGUGCAGAGCAUCAUCCGCAAGGUGAAGUCGGAGAUCGGCGAUGCCGGCUCCUACUUCGACCAGCACUGGGCGUCCGAGCGGAGCCUGCUCAGCCGGCCCUACACCUCCGUGUCGCCGUCGCUGUCCUCCUCCUCCUCGAGCUACUCCAGCAUGGCCAAUGGCCGGGGCUGGGCGCGGGGCGAGCCCGGCGAGGGCGGCACCAACGAGGACGAGCUGCAGCCGGCGGAGGAGGAGCCGCAGCGGCUGUCGGAGAUGAAGGCGGAGGGAGCGGGCGCGGAACCCGCUGGUGGCCGUCUGUCCUACUACCCCACCUACGUGCCACGGACCCUGAAGCCGACGGUGCCGCCGCUGACCCCCGAGCAGUACGAGAUGUACAUGUACAGGGAGGUGGACACGCUGGAGCUGACCCGGCAGGUCAAGGAGAAGCUGGCCAAGAACGGCAUCUGCCAGAGGAUUUUCGGAGAGAAGGUGCUGGGACUGUCCCAGGGCAGUGUGAGUGACAUGCUGUCGCGGCCCAAACCGUGGAGCAAGCUGACACAGAAGGGUCGAGAGCCUUUCAUCCGCAUGCAGCUCUGGCUGACAGACCAGCUGGGCCAGGGGAUCAGCCAGCAGCCCACACCCUCCCAGGCCAGCCCAGUGGAACCCCAGCCGUCCCCCUCGCCGCCCCCCAGCCCUGCUGAGCACGAGAAGGGCUGCCAGGAGCCCCUCACCCUGGCCUUGGAGAGCAGCAAGGAGAACCAGCAGCCCGAGAGCCGCUCGACGCCUGCGCUGGGCGGGAAGAUGUAUCCCAACAGCCAGGGGCCCGUGGGCAUCCAGGAGAUCGUGGCCAUGUCCCCCGAGCUGGACACCUACUCCAUCACCAAGAAGGUCAAGGAGGUCUUGACGGACAACAAUUUAGGCCAGCGGCUGUUUGGGGAGAGCAUCCUGGGCCUGACGCAGGGCUCGGUGUCCGAUCUCCUCUCCAGGCCCAAGCCGUGGCACAAGCUGAGCCUGAAGGGGAGGGAGCCCUUUGUCCGGAUGCAGCUCUGGCUCAACGACCCCCACAACGUGGAGAAGCUGCGCGACAUGAAGAAGCUGGAGAAGAAGGCCUACCUGAAGCGCCGGUACGGGCUGAUGAGCGCCGGCUCGGACAGCGAGUCCCCCGGCGCCCGCUCCGAGUGCGCCAGCCCCGGCGCGCCGCCGCAGGAGCUCAGCCUGCUCCAGAUCAAGAAGCCACGGGUGGUGCUGGCACCAGAGGAGAAGGAAGCCCUAAAGAAAGCCUACCAGCUGGAGCCAUACCCCUCCCAGCAGACCAUCGAGCUGCUCUCCUUCCAGCUCAACCUCAAGACCAACACCGUCAUCAAUUGGUUCCACAACUACAGGUCACGGAUGCGCCGAGAGAUGCUGGUGGAGGGGGCGCAGGACAACGACACAGACCCCGAGCAGAGCGGCGGCACAGCCCUGCCCGGGCGCCGGGGCCCCCCCAGCCCCGACUCGGACAGCGAGGAUCACAAACCCGCGCCGGCGGGGGGCUCUCCCCCCUGCGCCGCCGUGCCCCUGAAGGUGAAGGAGGAGCAGGGGGAUGCUGGCGGCUGGAGCCGCCGGCGGGACUCGCGCAGCCCGGCCGGAGCGGCCCAGGAGGAGCGGGGGGCAGCCCCCCACGCCGCCGCCCCCAGCGCCGGCAGCCUCCCGCGGCGGGGCGGCCGCGCCGGUGCCACCGCCGGGGGACCUCCACCGCCGCCGCCGCCGCACCCCGACAGCUCCCAGUCCUCCGCGGGCUCAUCCCGGUGCAGCCUAGCGGUGUCCCCAGCAUCGCCCUCGGCAGCUUCCUCGCCCGGCCUCACCGGCUCAGCCUCACCGGGACCAUCCUCUGCCGGGCCGGUCUCGCCGGCGCUUCCACCCGCUCCCGGCCCCCGGCUCAGCACCAGCGUCCAGCGGCGCCACGAGAAGAUGGCCAACCUCAACAACAUCAUCCACCGCCUGGAGCGGGCUGCCAACCGCGAGGAGGCCCUCGAGUGGGAGUUCUGAGCCCCCCCAUAUCUAUAUAUACACCCCCCACAUAUAUAUAUAUAUUUUGAUAAAUGCAGUGUGCACCGAGAGGUGACGAGCGGCCGGCGCCACGGAAGAGGAACGCCCGUGGAAAAGAGGGGACCUUCCCUCUAUGGAGCCACCCCACCCCUCUGGCUUUGUUUUAAAUGUGAAAAACUGGGAACGAUUUUAGAAAAGAAAAACAAAACAAAACAAAACAAAAAAAAAAAAAAAAAGCAAAAAAAUAUUUAUAGACCUCUUUUAGAUAUUUUAAUAAAAGGAUACUUUGGAAUUUAUUAACAGCUUAAGCUGCUUUGAUAUUAAAGAUAGCUAUAAAAUCAAGAUGAUGUAGCAGUCGUGUCAUUAAAUGUACACUGAAGUCUUGUAGUUUGCCACUGGAUGAGAUUAAAAACAAAUAAACAAAAAACAAAAAAACAAAAAAAAAAACCCAAACAAAAACAAACCAACCCACAGAAAAGACUUUUUGAGCAAAGCCAUCAAGAAGCACUAUGAGACUGACCAAAUUUAAGAAACUUUUGCAGUUUCCACCUCUGUCUGUAAGACACUGCAUCGCUUCUGCCCCAGCCAGAGACUGCAUCCUAGUCCCUGAAGACUCUAAAGCCCCCGACGCCAUCGAGUAUGUAUUUAGUUCUGGUGGUUUAUGUUUUUGGAAGCCUUUGUAACACAGAAUGUCCCGUGCGGUUGUAAAUGUUGUAGAAAUGUCUGCAAUAGCCUUCUGGAACAAGAUGUAGCAUGGUCCCAACGCCGUCCCUCGCGCUUCCUGCGGCCGGUGGCAGCUCCAUCCAGCUCCCAAAGGAAGAGAGAAAAUGAGGCAAAAGCAAAGAAAGUUUGGGAUUUUGGGAGUGGGAUGGGGAAAUGUACCUGGGUGUGGUGCUUGAGGAUGCUACCCUGGGCAUCCAUGGCAUCCUGGUUCCAUUUGGGGAAGAAAAAAAUGGAGCCUCUGAGAUUUGGCUCAGGGUCAGCAGUGCUUGAGGUGAGCGCCCAAAAAUCGUGAGCCAGACACUCACAGGCAGAGCCCUGCUCAGGGCUGCUCCAGCAUCACAGCCAGCUCUUGGGGCUGAAGCACUUUGGGCAGGAGGAGCAUCCCCUUCCCGCAGCCAUGUCCCCAGGUGGUGGAUGCCAGUGAUGCCAGGAUGAGCUCUGGGAUGUCACAGCAGGCUCCUGCCUGAAUUGGGCAAGCUCAGCUCUGAGUUGGGCAAAGCACCACUGAGCUUUGGCUUUCCAGGGCUGAUCCUGUGCAGAUGCAGGAGCUCAGUGGUGGCACCAUCCCAGUGUUGUCCCUGUCACCUCCCUGACCUCAGCACCUCCAGCUGGCCUCUGCUAACAAAAUGCCUUUAAACGCUGUGGAAUGUCCCACACAGGCCUGUCCCCUGCCCACAGGGCAGCAGCCAUCACCCACCAAGGCCCUGCCAGGCUCCCAGGCAAUGCAUUGACUGAUUUUCCACUGUAGACGUUUUUAUCAGAAUAGAAGGUAUUUUUAUACUCGGGUGGUAGUGGAUGAGCAAUGCUGAGCGAGGGCACUGCUCUCCUUGCCUGCCUCCCCUGCCCAGGGCUGCUCUGCCACCGUGCUGUGGAAGGUGGGGGUGUGACCACUGCCUGCCUGCUCCAUUGUGUGCUAGAGGGAGCUUUGGUGGAACAGGAUUUGAGGAAGCACUUAGUCCUGAGCACGGCAAUCCUGUUGUAUGAAAGCCAGCGGGACACACCGGUCACGUUUUUGUUAGGCUCAUGUUCUGUACUUCAAAAGUUUCUAUGAGAUCGAUGAACUUUGUUUAACAAUUUUGAAAGGAACAAGUUCUGUAAAGAGCCACUAAAUACAGAAGUUGGAUACGA